UUGGCUCAAUAAUGUGUGCCAUCGUUUUACAGUUAAAAUAUAGUCCAUUAUGACAUCACAAUUCCUUCAUAUGUUGUCAGCUCAAUGUUCUGUGUUUGGCUUUGAGUGCAUAAACGUCAAAAACAAUACGUUGGUGUUGAAUGCUCGUUAAUUGCUGAUAUGCAUUAGUGGAAUUCUUUGUUUUUUUGUCGUUUUAACGUGGCAAAGUUCAACAACAACUAUGAUGUGCUCAGUGGACGUUAAACGUUCAAGGCAAUGCCGUUGUGUGAGUAAAAUGACAAGUGUUUUAUUUGCUGGUUUUUGUUCUUUUUAUCCUUAAAUCAGUCGCCUCUUCAAGUUCGACUGUGAGAUUAGGACCAGCGGCAAGCUCGCGAGUAGUCAAACACAGCGCUUCCGGUUAGGGUUUUAGAAAAUAAAAGCCUCUUUGUGGCAACGUUUGAUACAACAUAUUUAUAAUAAAGAAGAGAGUGAGAAGUAGAAGGCAAGCUUUCAUAUUCUUUCCCAAUGCUCUUCAAUUUAAAGCCCCAAUUAUGUUGUACAGGUGCAGAAGGACAUAUCAGCAGCACUAAAUGGAAAGUUUGAUCAAGUCACAUUUGUUGCAGCUUAUUACUGUAAGCGCAUUCACCUGACACGUCGUCUCAAUGUGGCUGACUUGACUUUGCUUUGGGUCAGCAUCGCGAAGCUGAAUGACCGACAGUAACCUCAUUUCAACAGAACAAUGAAACACAAGUAUUUUAACAAAAGUAUAGAUUAUAAAUCAGUCAGUCAGAUGCAACAUUUACAUAUUCUGUCAUAAUGUUGACAUCGGGUCGCAGUAACGAUACCCCUUAAUGACAGUCGCAAUUUAACAGGAGCUUGUUUUUCAUGUAUGUUUCAAUGUUUUAUGUCCCUUUUUUUAAAGAUUGUUGUUUUUAGUGUUUUUAUUCAUGUGCAUGCUGCAGUGUGGGUGCAACGUCGACUUACAUUUGUUUUGUUUUCAUUCAGCAAAAAAAAAAAAGAUUUCAUUUAAUUAUUUUUUCCAUUUUCAAUGCUCUGUCAAGUAUUUUAAAAGACGACGGAGAUGAGAAAAAACAAAUCCUGUAUGAGUGCGAUAUGACACGUGAGCGAGAAGUGAUGGUAAACAAGUAUAACAGUGAAGAUUCGUAAGUGUGCCGCUAGAGGCGCGCUGGCUCUGCACCAUUCGUGCUGUGUUAUCUCUGCAUGCGACGUGCUUUCACCACAGUGUUGUCCAAAAAUCGGACAAUUCGCGGAGGGCAGAGUCGUCAAAAAGUCGGCUCAUGCUUCCCGGAUAGUGUGCCACAGAAAACACCAGCAGAAUCAAGCUGAUCCAAAGCUCGAUGGAAAUUGGCUCUCUUAAUGGGUAAAUCACAUGUAAACACGAUGUUAUGUUAGGAUGUCAAUCCCCAAAAAUGAAGGGGAGAAUGUAGAGACACAAUUUUCUUUCAGUAGUCAAAAGUCAAAAGGGAAAAAAAUUGGGACGUAAUUAUAGGAGGAAAGGCGAGGAAGAGAGCAUUCACUGCGUGUCAAAUGUGAUGAAGGUGCGAAUUGUUGUUUUCCAUCCACACAUACAGCAACAUGGCAGACCACAAUGUGUUUUUUUUCCAUCAUUCAUUUCAUGGGAUUUGUGCAGUAGUGUAUUGGAAUAGCCUACAGCCAGAGACAAUGUCCACAUCUCCUCUAAAAGCAAAGAAAAUGUUUAAUUUGUGACUCGGCACAAGCUUGUGCUGAUGAUGUUUGUGUCUUUUAAGCCCACAGCAAUAUGGGUUUUUUUCUAAGGUAGUUUUAAGAGUUUGAUAUUGUGCCCUAAGUAAAUCGCCAGCUUCAAAUGGUCAGUGUUGUACUUGUGUGUCUUAAAUGAUGUCUUUAGGGUGUCUACAGCAGGUAUUUUACACUGUUUGACAACGUGUGCCAUGACGGCUGUGCCAUUAAAUCAGGUGACUCACAGAGAAAACCGAUGUCCUAGUACAGAUGAUAUCGUGCAUGGGUCACUGUGUUGUUUGUUCAUCCCAAAGGUCCUGUUGUCUUUUAUUACGACAUUUCAUGCAUUCCAGUGGAUUCACUGAAUACAGCAGAUUACAUGCUAACGGUAGAUUUUUUUGCAAUAAAUUCAUGUUACCGGUGUAAAAAAUAUUGUUGACAUUUGUAUUUUAUUUUGUUUUGAUACCCGGCGCUUUGUCUUUGUGGCAGUUACUUAAUGCUAGAAGGCACACGUUCUGACAGUGAUGUUAUAAAUGAGUUUUCACGCAGCAAGUGAAGUCUGCUGGGGACGGGGUUGGAUGUGACGGCGCUGUCAUGAUUGCAUUAGAGAAGAUGGGGUGUAAAACCAGAGACGUCCGGAUCAAUGAUUUGAUUGGGGCAGGACUUCAACCCACAAGCAAAUGAUCAGCGGAGGGCAUCGUGUUUGAACAUCACCGUGUCCUUGACAUUGUUGUGCUGUCGUUCCACUCUGUGUCAACCAAUCAGCUUCAUUCUGUAUAAAGGGCGUUCAGAAGAAUACACAAAAUCCCCUUGAUCCUUUUUGUUCUAAAGACUUCCAACUGCUCCUCCAAGCUAGCCAUGAAGCUUGAAAUAUAUUGCAAGAAAUUCUCUUCUUUAGAUGACACGAUCAUUUAAGACCGACGCUAUAUUUUCCUCAUGUGCUGUAAAGCUUGAUGACCUUAAUAAAGGAGUUACGGGUCUCCGUCUUGAGUGGCUGACCUGAUUUUAGCUCUUGGUGGCCAAGUGUCUGUCUCAGAAAACAGGAUUACAAAUGUAACUCCCUGACAUUUGUGGGGCCUCUGGGUUUGACUUGCCAGCUAGAGAACAAAGUAAAAAAAAAAAAAAAACACACCAAGUCGCAAAACAUAUUUAGUGUAUUUUGGUCUUCUUUCUGAAGUCAAAACCAGUCUGAGCACAAAUCCAAGGACUUCUGAAUCUGCAAAUGGAUUAAACAAUUCGGCAUGAAAAGGUGAUUGGGAGGAAUGGUGUGCCAUUUAGCUGUGUAACUGUGUGUCUUCUAAUUACAUCACUAAGGCUGUUUUAAUCAGGGUGUUGUUUGAACAAUGGGAGGCAGGGAUGUUUUCUUGUAAAAAAAAUUUACAUCAAAUGCACUGAGGAGUUAACACGUUGAAGAUUGUGACGACAAAAGGUUUACCGUUAACUUUCACCACAUUUACAAUCUGCCCACCACCCACUCGUCCUCCGUGCUUAGCUGUAGCUCGACCUUUGGACAGAUGAGUGGACCUGAAUUUGCGGAGGCUAACAGCCAUCCUCAGUCAUCGGGCGACUUCAUCUGCUGAGUGUUGCUGUAUUUCUGGCUGGUCUGCGUUUCAGAACACAUUUGUUCAAUAGUGAGGAGCUGGAGCGUGCUCAGUGAGGUUGGGAAGACGUCAAAAUGUCGGUCUCCACUCAACUGGGUUUACUGCUUUGGAAGAACUUCACUUACCGACGGAGACAGACUAUCCAGCUGCUGAUUGAGAUCGUCUGGCCCCUGUUCAUCUUCCUCAUCCUGAUCUCAGUCCGGAUACAUUAUCCUCCCUACGAGCAACAUGAAUGCCAUUUCCCAAACAAGGCCAUGCCCUCAGCGGGGGCCCUGCCCUGGGUACAAGGCAUCAUCUGCAAUGCCAACAACCCCUGCUUCCGUAACCCUACCCCAGGCGAGAGUCCCGGGGUGGUGGGGAAUUUCAACGAUUCUAUAAUCUCCCGUCUCUUCACUGAUGCCAAGAAGAUCCUGCUCUACACGCAGAAUGAUAAAAGCUACGAGGGCUACAAGGGACUGCUGAGGGCCCUCAGGAAUCUGCAGAAGAACACUGCUCGUUUCAAGCUAAAGGACUUUCUGCAAGACAACGAGACCCUGUCCCACUUCCUGCACCACAAUGCCUCUCUUCCUCAUCACGCGCUGAAAGAGAUAUUGGAGGCGGACGUCAAUCUGGAGAAGGUAGAAACAUUACCACUUCAAAUGUUUGAGCCCAUUUUAAUAAUAAAACCCUCCUCUCCCGUCCUUCAACGUUUACCCUUCAGUCGAUGAUGAUAUUGCUUUGAGAUGGGACAAUGUUGAAUGCCGAUAGCAGACAACAAAACUGUAAAUAUGUUGUGUGCGGCCUUUUUGUUUUCGUCCUUGUCGCGUGAGAGAAUCACGCUCCUCUGGCCACAGUGCACAUGCAGAAAUCCAAUGACCUUGGAUCGACAGCAUCUGUUGGGCCACAGGACUCUAUCGUGGCACAGCUAAGCCCUUAAUACCCACGUGUGUGUGUGUGUGUGUGUGUGUGUGUGUGUGUG